AUUUUUUCUGGAUCCUACCUAUCACUCUUCUUCUGCUUCGACGGAAAAGGAAAAAAAAAACCUUAAAAAUCCUCUGAAUCGACAUUUCUUGCUUCAGAUUAUUUUCUCCUGCGAUCGGAUCCUCCAUUUUAAGGGAACUGAAGAAGCAACAGGUUGUUUGCCAAAAACACAAAGCAAAGCAGGCACUAUCUAGAUGACCCUGUAACGAUGGCUUCAACGAAUGUCCCUGAUGAGAACGAGUCCAUUGGACAUACUUCUGUGACCUUACCUGAGAUUCUGACUUCUUCUGACUUCCAAGAGAAUCUUGCAGCCUUGGGAGAUCAGGUUUAUGACAUGGAGAUGCCUCAGGCUCCUGAUGAAGCUGCCUUCACCGAGUUACCUUUGAAUGUAGAGGAAGUUUUGGUUAGAGAAGAAAGUAGUAGAACAAGUCAUGAUGAUGAUGCUACUUUUCACCCUGUCUCUGGAUUAGACAUUCAAGGUUCUGCUAGAUCAGAUCAGGGUGCUCAAGGUACACGUUCUACGCAAGCAGCUUCUUCAGUUAACCAAUCAGAGGUUGUUCCUCCUAACAUCUCAUCUGGCGGAUCAACAGUCAAUGAUCAAAUGGGACAGUCUCUUCAGAUGCAUAUGUUCAGCAACCCAUAUGAUUACGAGCUGGAGAGGCUGCGCAGAGAAGAAGAGAGCUUAAAUAAGAACUUUGAAGAAACGACGUCAGCUCUGAUGGCUGAGCUCGAGAAAGAGAUGGCUGAACUAAGGAGCAAGUACGAGAAGGAAUCUCAAGAGUUAGAUGCUGCUUAUAACGCCAAAGUGAUGGAGGCAGAAGCCAAUAAGAGUUUAGUUGAAAUGAGCAGUCUAUUGGGGAAUGCUUUCAUGUCUAAAUGUACAGAAAGGAGUGAAUCCAUUGAUCUUGGAGCUUUAAGAGCAGCUAUAGUCUCUCAAUAUUCAGUUCAGGAGCAGCAAGCAGUGCAAACAAACACAGAUAUGAAUUCAACGUCUCUUCCUGGACCUUCAGUCACAUCUGAACCAACACGGAUAUCUCAGGAAGCAGCAGUGCAAGCAAACACAGAUAUGAAUCCAACUUCUUCUCCUCAACCUUCAGUCAUUGCUGCAGAAACUCCAAUCUCAGACCCGUCAGGUCCACUUUCUCAUUUCCCGCCCUGCACCACAUCUCAACCAACACCGAGGUCUCAGGCUCAGCAAGCGCAUAUUUAUCCAACCACUCCUCCUAGGCCUUCAGUCACAGCUGCAGAGAAUCCAAUCUCAAACCUGUCAGGUCCACUUUCUCAUUUACCGCUCUGCACCACGCCUCAUUUAACACUGAUAUCUCAACAAGCAGCAGUACAAGUUAACACACAUGUGAAUUCAACCACUCCUCCUUCUCGGCCUUCAGUCACAGCUGCAGAGACUCCAAUCCCAAACCCAUCAGAUCCACUUUCUCAUUUAUCGCCCUGCACCACUUCUGAACCAACACUGAUAUCUCAGGAAGGAGCAGUACAAGCUAAGACACUUAUGAAUCCAACGUCUCCUCCUGGACCUUCAGUCUCAUCAGCAGAAACUCCAGUCUCAAACCAGUCAGGUCCACUUUCUCAUUCACUAAGCUGCACCACAACUCAACCAACACCAACAUCUCAGCAAGCAGCAGUACAACCUCCUCCUCAACCUUCAGUCACAGCAGAAGAAACUCCAAUCCCAAACCUAUCAGGUCCUCUUUCUCAUUUCCCAAGCUGCUCCACGUCUCAAUCAACACCGGUAUCUCAGCAAGGAGUACAAACAAACACACAUAUGAAUACAACUGCUCCUCCUCAACCUUCAGUCACUGCUGCAGAAACUCCAAUCUCAGACCCGUCAGGUCCUCUUUCGCCUUUCCCAAGCUGCUCCACGACUCAACCAACACCGAUAUCUCAGCAAGCAGCAGUACAAGCAAACACGCAUAUGAAUCCAACCUCUCCUCCUCAACCUUCAGUCACAGCUGCAGAGGUUCCAAUGCCAAAUCUGUCAGGUCCACUUUCUCCUUCCCCGAGCUGCACCACGUCUCAACCAACACCGGUAUCUCAGCAAGAAGUACAAACAGACAAACAUAUGAAUACAACUUCUCCUCCUCUACCUUCUGUCACAGCAGCAGAACCUCCGAUCCCAAACCUGUCAUGUCCACUUUCUCAUUCAACACGCUGCACCACAUCUCAACCAACACCGACAUCUCAACAAGCAGCAGUACAACCUCCUCCUCAACCUUCAGUCACAGCUGCAGAGAGUCCAAUCCCAAACCUGUCAGGUCCACUUUCUCAUUCACCACGCAGCACAACGUCUCAACCAACACCAACAUCUCAGCAAGAAGUACAAGCAAACACACCUAAGAUUACAACUUCUCCUCCUCGACCUUCAGCCACAGCAGCAGAAACUCCAACCCCAAAUCAGUCAGGUCCUCUUUCGCAUCUCCCAGGCCGCACCAAGACUCGACCAACACCAACAUCUCAGCAAGCAGCAAAAGCAAACACUAAAACGCAUGUGAGUUCAACCGCUCCUCCUCCACCUUCAGCUACAGAAGCAGAAACUCCAAACCCAAAUCAGUCAGGUCCUCUUUCGCAUCUCCCAAGCCGCACCAAGACUCAACCAAGACCGAAACCUCAGCAAGCAGCAGCACAAUCAAACAAACAUUUGAACUCAACGGCACGUUCUGGACCCCAAGUCACAUCGAAAGCUCUUUCUUUGCAUUCACCGAGCUCUAACACGGCUCAGCCAAGACCACCGCCUGUAAUCUCCAACAUUACUCCAACUUCUCCACCUGUGCACGGUGUAGUGCGUGCCCCGGCGCCUCAUCUAAAGCCAUUUCGACCAUCUAACACUCCAAACUCUGCUCCUGCUUUAACAACACACCCAAGUAGGUUGGUUCAAGAAAAGGGACAGCAACAAGGGAAGUCAAAAGGUGGCUUGGUCUAUCCUUCAGAUGACGACGACUGACAAAUCACUGGAGAAUCAGUAUAUAAUUAUAUAUGAUAUGUUUUUUUUUUGUAGAUUCUCUUAAGUUAUUAUGGCCUUUAAAACUUUUUGUUAUGGAAUUUAUAUAUAAAAAACAAGAAAGGUGAAAAGAAUCACAAGUAGUUA